AUGAACAACCACUUGACCACCAGGCAGUACGGUGUGACACCACCGGUUUCUACCGAGGGACCAACAAAGGAGGAAAUUGCGUUGAAUGAUAUGAUGAUUGAAGAACUUAGAAAUCAAAAUUCUUUUGAAUCUGAGGCUGAAACAGAAAAAAGAAGAAAAGUUUUGAUAACUUUACAACAGUUAACUCAGAAGUUUGUUUAUACAGUUUCUAGAAGGAAAAAUAUGAGUGAAGGUAUGGCCAAAGAUGCCGGUGGGAAAAUCUUUACAUUUGGGUCCUACAGAUUAGGAGUUUAUGGUCCUGGUUCAGAUAUAGAUACAUUGAUUGUCGUCCCCAAACAUGUUACUAGAGAAGACUUUUUCACUGUUUUCGUUGAACUAUUAAGGGAGAGACCAGAAUUACAGAAGAUUCAGCCAGUUCCUGAUGCUUAUGUUCCAAUCAUCAAGACAAUUUUCGAUGGCGUUGAUAUUGAUUUAAUUUGUGGCAGAUUAGACAUUCCUCAGAUUCCUUUAGAUUUAACUUUGGAAGACAACAAUUUACUAAGAAAUAUCGACGAGAGAGACCUCAGAGCCUUGAAUGGUACUAGAGUCACCGAUCAAAUUCUUCAAUUGGUGCCCCAAAGAACCGUUUUCAGACACGCCUUGAGAACCAUCAAAUUGUGGGCUCAAAGGAGAGCAAUCUAUGCAAACAUGUUUGGUUUCCCCGGUGGUGUUGCAUGGGCAAUGCUAGUUGCAAGGAUCUGCCAACUUUACCCUAACGCCGUUGGUGCUGUAAUUGUUUCAAGAUUUUUCAAUAUUUAUUUGCAGUGGAAAUGGCCUCAACCUGUCUUACUAAAACCGAUAGAAGAUGGUCCUUUACAGGCAAAGGUAUGGAAUCCAAGAAUUUAUGGUCCAGAUAGAGGUCAUCGAAUGCCGGUUAUCACUCCUGCAUAUCCAUCCAUGUGUGCAACCCAUAAUAUCACUGCGUCGACACAGUCCAUCAUUUUAUCAGAGAUGCAGCGGGCGCUGGUGAUAAUGAAUGACAUCCAAGUUGGUGAGAAAACAUGGUCAGAUUUAUUUGCGAAACAUGAUUAUUUUUAUAGAUAUAAAUAUUAUUUGACAAUUGUUGCUUCUUCAACUGGUAAAUAUGAAGACCAUAUAAAAUGGUGUGGUAUGGUUGAAUCCAAAUUAAGGUUAUUGGUCUUGAAGAUUGAAAACGUUCCUGGAAUUGUGAUAGCACAUCCUUAUGUUAAGCCCAUUUCAACAUCUUAUAUUUGUAAAACAGAAGAACAAGUCAAGAUAAUGAACACUUUAUAUGGUACUCUAGAUGGUGAGAAGUACGCCAAGGAAAAUCUUGAGGAAAUAACGAUCAAUGACGAUACAGAUACAGACAAGCUAGAGGCCGAUGUUGCCAAGGAGGGCAAUUAUCUGAUACAUUUAAUGAAACUCUACAUUGGAUUGGAAUUGGAUAUUAAGGGAAAAGAAAAAAAGAUGAACAUCCAAGUUCCUUGUACGGAAUUUGAUCAAAUAUGCAAGAGUUGGAUUAGUUAUAAGGAAGACGUUUUUUCAUUAGGCAUCAAGUAUGUUAAGUUGUGGGAUCUACCCAACGAUGUAUACGGGGAGGGGGAGAAAAGGCCAGAAAAGUCAACCAAAAAAAGAAAGACCGACAAAAAUAGUAAAACUAACAAGAAGCUCAAAAUGGUGGAGAACGAAAGUGGGGCGGAGAGUAGCCAAGGAACCCCCAUUCCCAAUAGUGGAUCUUCAAACUCUAACGAUUUAAAUAAUGAUGGCGAAACCGGGACAGCAGGGGCGGCAAGAGCAGCUGCAGCAUCAACAGGAGCAUCAUCAGCUUCUGCAACGACUACAGCCACUACAGCUGCUGUGUGA